UUUUUGUAAGGAGUACUAGAUCCGUCAAACCUCCCUCGUCAAGUUACAGCACCAUCAUAAAGUAAUUUGUCAAGACGAGUUUACUUUUGUUAAGUAGUUACUAGACAAGUGACACUAGUCGUUCAUCACCAAACAUCAUCAAACAGUCGAGCUCAUCCUUCGAGAAACAACUUGACGGCAGUGGUCGUCGGUGAAGCAGUAUGGAGGAGAACAAGUUCUUGGUGCUUGCACAGAACCGGCAGUUCUUGCCGUUCUUCGCGGAGGAGGAGAAGGAGUGGCAGGAGCCGUUCGUGUUCAUCCAGGCGGCAGACACACAGUUCGGGAUGCAGGAGAAGUACAUAGAGAAGAAGGAGAACUAUGGGUGGCAGCAGGAGAUAAGGUGGUCGAGACAGAUGGUGGAGGACGUGAAUACCAUGUUCCCGCGUCCCAAGUUCCUGGUGGUGUGUGGCGACCUGCUGGACGCCUGGCCCCACACAGAGGAGGAGAUUCGUCGCCAGCAGGAGAUCGACUUCAAGGAGGUAUUCGCCGGCCUUGAAGUGCCCCUGGUGUGUGUGUGCGGCAACCAUGACGUGGGCAACACACCCACUCCUGCCACCGUCAACCGCUACACCUCCUCCUUCGGCGACGACUACUUCAGCUUCUGGUGCGGCGGUGUGUUCUUCAUCGUCCUCAACACACAGUUCUACGAGGAUGCCUCCCAGUGUCCCCAGUUGGCGGAAGAGCAGGAGGCGUGGCUGGAGGAGCAGCUGGAGGUGGUGAAGAGGGAGAAACCACAGCAUGCUGUCGUCUUCCAACACAUCCCUCUCUUCCUCCACCACCCUGACGAGGACAAGGAUUUAACUGCCGACUGGUUCGACAGUUAG